CUUUCUUCUCACAACAUCGCGUGCCUCCAACUACAACUUCUUCUUCUUCUUCUCUCUAUCGUCUUGUUGUUCCUGUAGCGAAAUCGUUCGCACACCGUGAACAGCGGGCGCCGGACAAAGGAAAGGAAGGAAACAGGACGUUUCGAACCGUGUUUCCUCUUCCUUCCUCGCCCACGCAUGAGACUCGCCUCGCUCGGACAGGAAGGAGGAGAAGAUCGGGAGAAUGUCUAACGUCCCGUCCUCUCUGUCCGAAGUCUGCCUCACUCUCUUCCGCCUCGCCAUGUCCGUCGCCCUCCUCCUGAAACCCCCCACAUCCUAACGGACACGCGCGCGCGCGCACUCUGUCUCUCUCUGUUUCUGUGUCUGUCUCUGUUUGAAUCCGUACUUCUCCGAUGAGGACACUCAAGCUCAAAUUCAGGGGCAUCAAGCUCAAGAAGCGCUUCUUCCGGGCCACCCGGUGGAUCCUCCGGCGACCCAAGAACCCAGUCGCCUACCUCAGCCUCGGCCCCUCGUCCCCGCCGACGUCGCCGCCGCCGCCGUCGCGGGAACCGAGGAGGACGCCCGUGUCGAGGCUCCUCACGUGGGGCCGCCGCCUGACCAGCAAGACCAGGUGCCUCUGCUCCGCGAAGCCCGGAUCGGGCUACAUGCCCGUGGACCAAGACCCGCAGCCCGCGGUGGUGCCCAAGGGGCACCUCGCGGUCUACGUCGGCCAGAAGGACGCGGAGUUCUGCCGGGUCCUGGUGCCGGUGAUCUACUUCAACCACCCCCUGUUCAGUGAGCUCCUGAGGGAGGCCGAGGAGGAGUUCGGCUUCGACCACCCGGGCGGGAUCACGAUCCCCUGCGGGGUCUCGGAGUUCGAACGGGUCAAGACCAGGAUCGCCGCCGGUGGGGGCGGCGGCGGUCGCGGCGGCGCGAGGACGGCGCUGAGGCGGUAUUAUUGACGCGCACCGCUUGCAUGCACCGGCCGAUGGACCAGGCUCCCUUAAUUCGAUAUGCCUUUGGCGACGAUGAUGAAAAGAUAGCGGAUCAAAUCUUGAUCUUCAUAGAGAUUCUUAGUAGAAGAGUAGAUGAUUUUCUUCAUACAAUACUGCAGUACCUGAACUUCUUCCAUAGAUGUGAAUAUAGUCAAACUUCUGUUCA